UAUUUGUUUUGCUCUGCUACACCACUUCUAAAAUGUCAACGUUUAAGCACAAGAAAGGGAAAGACAAAUCACAAGAGAGUAAGAAAAAGGACAGAAUACCAGAUGAAGUGAUUAAUUACUACAAAAGGGUAUCAGAAACUUUGGACGAAGAAUUUGACUCAAGUGAAGAUAAAGAUAUAUUCCUGAAUAAUGUAUUUGGUCAGCUGAAAGAGGAUGGUUUAAAGGUUUGUCACUUGGCUAGUACCAGUCGUAUAUUCGAGAGAUUGAUAGGGCUUAGUGAAGCAAGUCACAUCAGAACUCUUCUACAGAUAUUUAAAUCAGAUUGGUCAGACAUGUUAACUGACCGCUUUGCAAGCCAUGUUUUACAGAACACUUUAGCUCAAGUGCCAAGGUGUCUGAAAACAAAGCUGGAAUCAGAAGAUGUAGAGGAGACUGAGGAGGAUCUUACAUUAGAAGGUUUAUUUUUAAACCUGUGCUGUUACGUGAAGGAUAAUUUAAUGAACAGUUUGGAUGUUUACAGUUCACAUAUUGUUCGAGUGAUUCUUCAGAUUCUGGCUGGUGUUGCAGUGGAUGAACAGGUCAUCAGAAGUAGAUUGUCAAGGAACCAAAGAAGAGAUAAUCAACAAAAUAUGUUACCAACGUUUGACAAAUUUGAACCGCCAGAUUUAUUUAGAAAAAUGCUGAAAAAGAUGACAAAGGAAAUAUUUCGCAUGGAAGACUUUAAAGAUCGCUUGUGCUCCUCCACCACCAAUCCUGUCAUACAAACACUGCUGCUGGUUCACCAUCAAAAGGAAGAUGAAAAUAAAAAAUACCUGCUCAAGGUCCUCAACACAUCUGAUUUGUGUUCUGAAAUGGAGAAUGAUUCCAGUCUACCAGCGAUAGCAACAGAUGAGAUCGGUUCAUUCCUGGUGGAGCAGAUAUUAAAUCUUGGGUCUGAAGACAUGUACAGAGAUAUCUACAAGAAAGUUUUCAAAGGAAAGCUUACGUACUAUGCCCUCCAUCCUGUUGCCAAUUUCAUUUUACAGAAACUUCUUUCUAAUGUCAAGGAAAAAGAACUUUUUGAGGAGAUGUUUGAAGAGGCGAGUGUCCUAAUCGAGGAUCUCUUGGCUCUCAAUCACCUGGGUGUGGUAACAAGAAUGGCUGAAACUUGUCUCCGACUAGGGUGUAGACAAGAAAAACUGGUUAGGUGCAUUAUGGGAGCAUUUCAUUGUGCAGAUCCAGUGGAAAGACAGACUAAGUUGUCUCCCUUGCUGCUAUCUCUUUCCACAUAUGAAGUGUACUUUGGUAUCGAUGAAGAUGCAGAUAAUGCUGAUAAAUCAGUAAAAACUGAGGAGAAGGAGAAAAUUGUCCCUGUUUUGAAGAACAUAAAUUAUCAUGGUUCAGUGUUGAUGCAAAACUUGCUGCGCUUUGGUAACCCUAAGAUUGUAGUCAGUGGAAUUCUGGACCUCGCACCAGCAGAGCUACGUAAUUUAGUGUGCAAUCCCUGUGGCAGCCAUGUUGUUGAUGUUUUCUGUCAAAGUCCCUCCAUGGGGGAAAAGAGUCGUGAUCUGCUUUUCAAACGAAUGAAGGGGACGUACAUGGACAUAGCCUGUGAUAAAAACGGCAGUAGAACUCUAGACAACAUGUGGAAAUGUGCAACCCUAAAUCAGAAACUCAUAGUGGCAGAGGAGUUAGGGCGUAAUGAGUCAAAGCUCCAAGGCGACAGAUUUGGCUUUUAUGUACACAAAAACUGUGGCAUCUUUCACUACAAACACCGACUACAGGAGUGGAAGGAAGUCCAAGGACAGAGUCAGAAGAAACGAAAACUGUUCAAUGAAAUUCUCAAUGAAGGGCCACCUGGGAAAAAGGCUAAAGGAAAAGAAACGGGUUGGAAAGGGACCCAGGACCAUGAGAUGGAGGCAAACCCUCUACGGUUAGAUAUGGAUGAUGAACCAACUUUUAGCGGAGGAAAGAAGAACUGGCAGCCAAGGUCCAAACAAGGUUAUAAAGGUGAAGGUAAAGGAUACCAUAUCAAGGACAAGGGCAUGAAGGACCUACUCACUCAGAUGUCAAACACUAAAGAAGAAAAAACCCAGAAGUACACAAAGAAAAAAAAGUCUCGCUGAUUAAUAUUUUAAGUUUUAUAUAAUAAAAUUUUAA